GACCCAGAAAAUUUCAACACAUGGUGUCGCUCCGUUACUAUGGCGCUCGAGGGUCGGAACAAGAUGGGUUUUGUCACUGGCGACGUUCCUCGACCGGAUGAUGGAGAUCCCGACGCUCAGCUUUGGUACAGGAACAAUGUCGUUGUAAGUUCCUGGCUUAUUAACUCUGUCUCGCCGACAAUCGCUCCUAGUUUGUUAUACCACAGCACUGCUCGUGAGAUUUGGUUGAAUCUCGUUCGCCGCUUUAAGCAAAGCAACACUUCACGUCUUUAUGGCAUUAAACAACAGCUUCAUAGCUUGCGCCAAGGAUCUCUCGAUGUGACAACCUUCUACACCAAGCUCCUGACCAUUUGGGAAGAGAUCAAGGCUUUGAAGCCUGUUCCUCAUUGUAAAUGCGGGAACUGUUCCUGCAACAUCUCCCAGGACUGGAGGGUGCAGAGUGAACGAGAUUUUGUUAUUGACUUUCUCUUUGGGUUAAAUGAUUCCUAUGAUGCCAUUAGAAGCCAAAUCAUCAUGUUGGAUCCUCUCCCUGAUCUUGAGAAGACCUUCCAUCUUAUAACCCAACAUGAGCAACAGAGAUCCAUCAAGACACCAGUUAUCUCUGAUCUGCCUGUUCUUCAAGCCUCUGUUUCGGUGGAUCUUCCUCCUCGCCCUGUUGCUGCUAUCUCUGGUUCUGGUUUCAGAGGCAAGACCAGACCCCUGUGUACCCAUUGCGGCCUCCAUGGCCACACUGUUGCCAAAUGCUACCGACUCCAUGGCUUUCCCCAAGGAUACAGAUCAUCUUCUCCGGUUGCUGUUCGACCAUCCAACUCUUCUGCUCUAAGAGGCGGCGGCACUCAACGUUUUUCUUCAUUCUCUGGUAAACAUGCUGUUAACACUGUUUCCUGUGAUGAUCAACCACAUCCAGUCCCCGACGUCAACAGCAUGACUGUCGCUCAGAUACAUCAUCUCUAUAGCCAAAUCACCGAGAAGAUGAACUUGGAUUCUCGGCCAUCUAUUACCGGACGUGGUGCUCCUGAUACUUCGAACUCUGGACACCAUUCAAGGUUUAACGAUUGGCACUGCUAGACUGUUUCAGAAUCUGUAUAUUCUGGAAUCUGCAUCCUCUUCUCUGAUACUGAUCAUUGUGACACCUGCCAUUUUGCGAAGCAAAGGAGGUUGCCAUUUUCCCCAAGGAACAACCUCAGUGCGGCACCUUUUGACUUGAUACACCUCGACGUAUGGGGGCCAUUUUCCGACAUCUCUGUAGAUGGGUUUCGCUACUUUCUCACUAUCGUAGACGAUUGUUCUAGGACCUCUUGGGUGUAUCUCCUUUAGAACAAAAGUGAUGUUUUGCAAGUUUUUCACA